AGAUAAUUUUGGACCCAGAUAAAACUUGUGAUAGACAGUGGUAUUCAGCAUGCAGUCCAAACCAUCUUAUCGUUGAUAUCGAAGCAGCUGCCAUCAAGGUUUUUUUAGAGGUGUAUCCUGCAGCCAAGAUAACUGGUUGUCACUUUCAUUUCAGGAAGAAUGUUGUUCAUCACAUUGGAGAUAAGGGCUGUAAGGGACAAUACAACCAGUCUGCAGUGUUCCAGCAGCUCGUCACAUUAAUGACGUCACUUGUAUUUGUGCCGGCGGAUGAAGUCAUUGAUGUCUGGAUGAAUGUGAUUGAACCCUUCAUGGCUAAGAAUCAAGAUGAAAUAUCCGAAAAAAUCGACAACUUUAUUGAUUAUUUUGUGGAAACUUAUCUAGGCAAGGUUGGAAGGAGUGGAAGAAGAGGUAAUCCAAGAAUAAAGAUACCAACCUGGAACAAGUUUGCCUCAGUGUUAGAGAAGGUUCCAUGUACAAACAAUGGUGCAGAGUCGUUUAAUGGUGCCUGGAACAAAUGUACUCCAACAAAUGCAUCUCUAUGGUGCAUUUGUGAUGGUUUUCUAAGAGAAGAAGGUCUUGUGCAUCAAAAAGUUCAUGACACUAGGGUAAAUGUUGUAGAUCCUCUUGCUCCUGGUUCUGCUAGGAAACAAUACUCAAAGAACAAGGAAAUGUUAAUAUCUAACUUGGUCUCACAAUAGGCACAAAUAACAGACAAACAAAACUAUCUCCAGGAAGUUGGCGGGAUAAUGAAACUGUAGGAAGAAUUGUAAAAUGUAAAAUUGUAAAAAUAAUGUUUAAAUAUGAUUAGAUAUUUAUAUAAAUAUGUUUAUAG